UGUCAACACAAUAAAUAAAAAAGUUGCCAAUAGAGAUAACCGGAUAUAACCGGUAUAAAAUGAGACGCCUAGUGAUCUGAGAAAACAAGGCACCGUCUCGAGCGGCACAAACGCCAAAAUCCGAUAACAGCGAGAAAAAUCGCGAUCCGGCUUUUUCAGCCACACUCUUAACAACACAACUCAGAAUCGCUCUCGCCGCUGUUUUUCUGGUAAACAUUUCACACCUUUGAUUUCUCCAUUUCAUCUAGACAAAUUGCGAAUCUCAAAAUCGUUUUUUUCUUCGUUCUUUCAAUGUUAGGGCCAAAUAGUACUCGAUCUAGUGUACAGAGCUUAACUCUAAAUUGCGUUAAUUUUCAUCACAUGAAUGAUCUAAUAGAUUUUCAGAAUUUGCCUUGCAAAAAUCUUUGCUUUAUUUUAUUUUUUUCUGGGUCUCUCGUCUUUUGUUGUCUCCUGGUUAUGAAUUUGUUAGAAUCUAUGCAUUUGGAAUUGAUAAGUCCUGUAAUGCUUCCAAUCAAAAGCAAUUGUGGGAUGACAAAUGUGUGUUUAGUCCAUACAUACUUCUCAAUUAUGUUGUUGUUGUUUACUUAUCUAUUCGUAUAGUGAAGAGUUAUGAUGCCGAAAGCUGCGUGGGAACCAGAAUACCACAGAGUAUUUGUGGACUUAUGCGUCGAGCAAAAGAUGUUAGGGAAUCAACCUGGAACGCAGCAUAUAUUGAAACCUUUUCUACAAAGAACUGGCGCUAGGUUCACCAGAAACCAGCUUAAGAAUCACUGGGAUACAAUGAUCAAGCAGUGGAAGAUUUGGUGUAGACUUGUUCAAUGCAGUGAUAUGCAAUGGGAUCCUCAGACUAACACUUUUGGUGCUAAUGAUCAAGACUGGGCCAACUAUUUACAUGUGAAUCCUGAGGCUGGGCAGUAUCGGUUGAAUCCUCCAUCGUUCCUCGAGAAACUUGAGCUUAUCUUUGAAGAUAGUAACUUAGAUGAUGAAGGUACUUCAGGUAGCAAAAGGAAGCGAAUAGCCAAGCAUCGUGAUGAAGAUAAUGAUAAUACUGGAGAUGAAGAAGACACGCAAAGCGCUUCUAAUUUCUCGAGUCCUCAGUCGAAAGGAUACUGGUCACCGUCUUCACAUGAGCUGUUUGUUGAUUUGUUGUUCCAAGAGGCUUUAAAAGGAAACAGACCUGACUCACAUUAUCCAAAGGAAACUUGGAAAAUGAUCCUUGAGACUAUCAAUCAGAAUACCGGUAAAAGCUUCACCAGACCGCAACUCAAGAAUCAUUGGGAUUGCACCAGGAAAUCGUGGAAGAUCUGGUGUCAAGUGAUUGGUGCUCCUGUCAUGAAAUGGGAUGCAACUUCUCGAACAUUUGGUGCUACUGAUGAAGACUGGAAAAACUACUUGAAGGAGAAUCAUAGAGCAGCACCAUUCAGAAGGAAACAACUUCCUCACGCGGAUAAACUAGCAACCAUCUUCAAAGGACUUAUAGAACCAGGAAAAGCCUAUUUCCGUUCUUAUCGCAGGAGAGUGCUUGAUCAUCAUUCCGAAUCACCACAGCUACAUGACCCAACUCCAUUAUCAACACUUUACACAAACGAGCCAGUCUCAGGUAGUGAAGGUGGAGCUGAUGAAGAUGACAAUGAUGACGAUGAUGAGCAGCCUACUCCGCAGCACCGGAGAUUUAACAGUGUUGGUUUUGCAGAGUCUCGGUUACAAGAUGUUGAAAUUGUAACUCCGGGAUGCCACAGGUUAAAAACUGAGCUGAUGAAGGAGAGUCCAGUGAGUGCAUCGGUUAGGCAGUACGAGUAUACCAUUGGGGAAUGCAUUGAGUGUUUGGACUCCAUGGAAGAGGUUGAGCAAGGUAGUGAUCUUUACUUGUUUGCGUUGGAUUUGUUUGUGAAGAAAGAGUACAGAGAGAUUUUCUUGCUGUUGAAGAACUCAAGUUUGAGAAUGUCUUGGCUGCUUAGACUUCGAUCUGGUGGCCUUACCAUUGCUGCCUAAGAUCGUCAUAUUCUCCCAAACUUCUUCUGCUUAUGUCUUAUUAUGCUAAACACUCUUGAUUUAUCUUUUGAACAGUGUGAGAUGUUAUAUUAUUAGGUUCCUUGAAAGAUUUUAUGACAGUCGAAAUAUUAUAAGAGUUACUGGUUAACUUUUGUCGCAAGAAAUUACUCUUGUCUCUAUUGCAGAUGAGAAAUAAACUUCAAAG